UUACACUCUAGCUCUUUAAAUACCAGCAGCAAUACAAACACGUUAUCUAUCCAGCAGUUUUUCUAAUUCUACACGUCUUAAUCGCAUGCUAACUUCAAUGUUUUAAAGCGCAUUCUGCUUCACGCAUCAAACGGAAAAUGCACCAUUUAAUCUUUUGUUUGAACGUUAAACAAGAAUAAAUAAUACAAUAUUUGCAUGAAAUAGAAUACGUCCUUAAAAUCUUUAUAUUUAAGUCACGCACAUGCACGUAUAUUUUCAGCACUCAUUUGAAUACUCAUCGACAAAUUGUUAAUUUAAAUUAACGUAAAGAAUUCCAUCCUUCCCGUUCCGUGGCUAUGCCCAGACUGAUGGAGACGAUAGCCCGCAGCUAUAGAUUCAUUAAUAAUGCACCGCCAAAAUGUUCAGCGAAAAUGGCAACUCUUUUCUCUCUGCGAUAAAUUUUUUUAGCAGUGCAAAAACUGUCUACAAAGGUGCAUUUUCUAUGUAAAAUAUUCAACAAUUUUACUUGCUCUGUCUCUUUAUUAUGUGCCUGCAAAAGUUUUUACCUUAUACGCAACUGUAACAAUUCAUUGGCUCUUUAAUAGCAAAAAGAAGAAGAAUAUAAAACCAUAUAAAAAAGUACACUUGUAUAUGCCGGUAAAUUUCAAAUCCUCGUUUUACGGAUUCCCUAUUAUAAUUCAUGCAUCAUACCUUUUCACCAAAUAAAAACUUCAACAAGACGACAAUAACAAGUGUUCUUUCUGGUUGUUGCAACAUUUAUAACCGCGCAAAGUAUCAUGUUUCAAGAAUUUUGUUAGAAAUAUGAAUUCUAGCAACGUUUAAACAGUGGAGAUAAUAUCAUUGAUGAAACAAGACCAGUAACGGUUUGAUCAAUGAACACUUCAAGCGAAUAUAAUGAUUUAGAAUGGGCGAUUGGUCUGCAUCGCUGUAUGUUGAAAAUUUUCGGUUUGUGGCCGCAACAAAACGAAGAUCAGUAUAAAGACUUCUUUUCAAAGUUUCGAAUGCUAUUUAAUGCUACGAUAAUAAUUUGCGUAUUGACUAUACCGGCUUUAGCUCACUUGAUUAAUGUAUGGGGUGAUAUGAUCCAGAUAAUUGAUAAUUUACAAUUAACCUUAUCUUUUUUAAUAACGACAUUUAAAAUCUUCAUUAUGUGGUACAAAAAAGAAGUUUUAUUACUGUUGAUUAACAAGAUUAUAAAAGACUGGACGCGAGUGAAAAUGGAUGAAGAGCGAAAUGUAAUGCUAAAAAAAGCUAAGAUUACUCGCUUAAUCUUACAAAUCGGAUUAUUUUUUACAGUUUUGGCAGCGUUUAGUAGACCUGGGUCUAUAUUUUUUAAAGAAUACAUUUGGCAUGUAAACAAUUUUACUAAUCAUGAAAGACCUUUACCGGUUCCUACACACUACUGGUACGAUGUAACUAGCAGCCCGAAAUACGAACUAACAUUAUUGGCACAAGCAAUUGGGUUAUUUGCAUGCGGUCUCACUUACAUCGCGGUCGACAAUUUCCUUGGACUACUGAUCUUACAUGUAUGUGGUCAAAUGGAGAAUCUGCAUCUGCGAUUAUUGCAUCUGGGAAACGAUCCGGAUUUCAAAGCGGUUUUAAAGUACAACGUUAAAGACCACAUUCGCUUAAUCAGUUGCAGAUCUGUAAAAAUCAUUGAUGACACAUUCAAUUUAUUGCUGCUUGCCAUGAUAGAUUUUUUUUGCAUAAUAUUCAGUCUUUUUGGAUUUCUAACACUUACUACAUUUAAUCAAGAUACUCAAUUAUCAUUCGCACAAUUGUCUUGGUACUUUUUUGCUGGUGGAGUACUUUUAAUAUACACUUCUCUUUAUUGUGCGGUAGGCGAGCAUCUCGUGAAUCAAAGUGAAAAAGUACAUAGCGCUACAUAUGAAUGUAUAUGGUAUACUUUAAAGCCAAAAGUAGCAAGAAACUUGGCAGUAAUUAUGGUCUGUGGAAAGAAACCACUCAAUAUCACAGCGGGAAAAAUGUUUCCAAUGACAAUGUCUACAUUCUGCAGCUUAUUAAAAACGUCGAUGGGUUAUCUAUCUAUGUUACUUGCCGUUCGAAAUUAAUGACAAAAAAUUACAGGAUGAAUUGGUACGUCCCUUGUAUAUUAUAUGGUAUUAUAAAAAUUGGUAUUGUAAAAUUAAUAAUAAAUUGUUUACAUAAAUA